CUCCUGAGGGACGUCGAGGCGGACUGAUGGUGGCGCUGAAGUUUUUACUCGUGUUGGCGUGCGUGGCGGUGGCGGCGGUUCAGGCCGACUCCAAGCCCCACGCCAAAGCCAGCCUGAAAUCGGGCCCAAACCCGGAAGCUAAGCCCAAACCCGACCCGAACCCGAAACCGAAUCCGAAACCGAUCCCGAGCCCGAAGCCCAAAGCUGACCCGAUAUCAAAAGCCGACCCGGAUGCGAAGCCUCAGGGCGGGUUCGUGAGGCCUCUGACGCACCGAGUCAUCGUCAGUCCGAAGCCUCAUGUGCGCGGCUUCGGGGAGGUCGGGAUCGUCUCGCAGCUCGCUGUAAUGUAA